UGCAGUUCUUAACUUCCUGGAGUAGCAGUACGGCUCCAGUCUCCACUUCUCUCUUCGUGUGGCCUUCUUUCCCACAUCUCCUCAGGAUCUGGAUGUCUCCAAUCAUUUUUCCUUUCUCUGCAUUCUAAGAUAGACUCUGUGUCGCCUGAGACGCUUCUGUUGUCUGUGUAACUCUUCUUGCUCCUGCUUCAGCAUCUCAGUACCAGGAUUACAGGGGGGUGCCAUGCCUGACUCCUCUCCUCGCACAAGGGUAUCCACUAAUAGGGUUGAGGACAGACCCAAAUUCCAGGGUGAUCCUAUCUCGAGACCCGCAAACUUACUUAUGCCUGCGGUCUCUGUUUCCAAAUAAGGCCAAGCCCACGACAGAAGGCGGUAGACCAGGUAGGGGUCAGUUCAGCCCACUGCAGAAGGACUCUUUCUUGUACUACAUUAACCAUGAGAAGGCCAGGGGAGAGGGAGCCCAUGCUUUGACAUUCAGGAGUGUGCUCUUCAGACCAGAUACUAGGAUGGCCCCUUCACCUAAGAGAGGAGAAGUGGGGCUCCACUCAGGGGAAGCAUUUCAAAAGAGGGUCUGAGGUUUCGUUCACUUAGGGGCACCAGAGUUCCAGAAAGUACCUCAGGCCACAUCUUGGGUCUUCAACUACUACUUUCACAUCCUCCUUCCUGCCUUUCCUCUCAGCCCAUCCUCCAGGGCAUCCGUCCUCUCCAGGGAGUCAUUGGGAGGUUAGGCUACCUUUGUGAUAAAAUCCUACGACUAUAGUAGUUCAUGCUUUUCAACCCAGUAGGGGCAGGCCUAGAGGGUCUUUGUAGCCUGUUCUACCUCCUGGGUUCCAGGUUGAUCAGGGCUAUGUAUAGAGGCCUCGUCUCACAAAACAAAAAAACAAAAGCAAGCCACCAAAGUGGCAAAAGACUCCACUACCUUCAUCCUUCCAUUCUGCCAUCCACUGAACCCCUUCAUUGAAUGCUUGUUUCUUGCCUCGGGUCUUAGCUCUGGCUCCUCUUCUGGAACAUUCCCCCACCACCCACCCCCAUCACCCUUUGUGUCUAGACUUUUCUCCUAGCAUGCUCUCCGCCCCCUUCUCCCUGCCCUCCCACUCCAUCCAGCACUUACUGUCUAGAGUGUUGAGGGCCGUGAUCCACCAUCUUUAGGACAUUGCUCUGCACUGUGCUCGUGGCCUCACACGCCUGAUUUCCUGCUCUGUUCUACCUUCUCUCAAAUGAGCCCAAGGUGACAGUCUUGGGACCUAAUCAAUACCUAGGGGUAGGGUCAAGAGAUGCAAGGGCUUCUUUCCCAGAGAUCCCUAGACCCUAGACCUAGACAGCACGGUAGCCAUUCUGCCUUCAGUGCCCAGUGUGGACAAGGACAGGGUGGGUGAUCCCAGGCAGCUCUUACUCCAGCCUCACCCAGCUCCCGCGCCAUUCCCACUGUGGGUUUAUCUCUCCAGCUGUUUUCUUUUCAGAUCUGGAGUUCAAAAGAACAACAAACCUAGGUGCGGCAGCCUCAGGAAACAAAACUGGCAGGCUGGAUCCUGUCCGCUCAGCCACAGGCCUCGGGGCACUGCUUACCUCUCCCUACCGGGUCCUGGGAGGAGAACGCUCCGGUUCUGGUUCUGUUGUCCUCAAAGGCCAGUGCGUCCCAUAAACAGUGGUUCCAGGAAAGGCCAGGCCAGUUCAGGACCCAGCAAGGGGAGGGGACAGCCUAGUUUAAUUAGAGUUUUAAAAAUGUUCCUAAGAAAGCCAAUUCAGAUGUCCUGAGCCCUGCAAGGCAGGGCUGGCAUCAUAAGAAUAAAACAACGUCUGCACGGAGAUUUCAUUUUCAAAGCACUUUGGGGGUGGCUGGGAAGGGGAGGCUCUGGGGUGGCCCAGCGGAUUCCUAGCUGGGAGGUCACCCCCCCUCUCCCCCAAACCAGCCUUGGGUUGGUUCCAAGUUUAUAGUUGUGAUUGCCUGCAGGGUAAACAAAGGGCCCUUGAUGCAACUAUUUCCGAUUCUUCUGGCCUUCAUUCCUUUAGUGCUCUUCCAGGAAGAGAGCACACUUGGGGCUUGUCAUACAGUCUGGAAAAGAGGCUCUGAGGGCCUUGUGAGAGGGAAAGUGGCUGGGACCUAAGGGAGAAAGCGUUCCUCUGUCCCUCGCCACACCCCACCCGAGGCUCAGGCAGUCGAUGGCACUUCUGUGGCAGGUAGGUUAGCGCCAGCAUCUCCCUUGCUCACCUGUGGCUGUGUCCCCACAGGCACAAUGGGAGCCUCAGUUUGGCUAUGUUUGGCGAUACACAGAGAUAAACAGGUGUGAGUCUGCCAAUCCCUCCCCACCUGAGGAUGGGGAUUGUGGGAACAGUGUGGGGGUGUCGGGCCCUGGGGUGCUUGCACCUGCUUGGGUAGGAGGGCUGAGACAGCUGUCAACCCGGUUAAAGACUCAUAUGCAGUCACCUAGCCACUGGCAUCCUGAAUGAAGAGGUGACCUGGGGGAGAGGCUAGGGGCAGGCAUCAGCUAGGGCCUGGCCCCUUAAGGGUUGAUGGAUUAUAUAGGAGCCACCUGUAGGGGCUCUAGCAACUUGGAGCGAUCCCAGUGAGAGACUUAAGAUGGAAGAGAUCAUCGCGGGGCUGGAAGGGCUCACGUUCGCCUUCGAGCAGGAUGUGGAAUUGCAGAAGGGGAUUGGGCUCCUGCCUUUCCAGGGCAUGGACAAGUCCAGCUCAGCUGUAUGCAACUUCUUCGCUAAAGGGCUCUGUGAGAAAGGGGUGCUGUGCCCGCUUCGGCACGAGAAGGGCAAGAAGAUGGUGGUGUGCAAACACUGGCUUCGGGGGCUCUGCCGAAAGGCUGAUAGCUGUAAAUUCCUACACCAGUAUGACGUCACCAGGAUGCCGGUGUGCUACUUCCACUCCAAGUUCGGUAACUGCAGCAACAAAGACUGCUUCUUCCUCCACGUGCAGCCAACUCCCAAGCCCCAGGACUGCCCUUGGUACAACCAAGGGUUCUGCAAGGAUGGUCCCCUGUGUAAAUACCGCCAUGUUCAUCAAGUCAUGUGUCUCAACUACUUCACCGGCUUCUGCCCCAAGGGACCUAAGUGCCAACUUGGGCAGUACCUCCUGGCCCUCUGUCUGCAGCUUGUCAACCAGCCCGGGGAUGGAACAGCUCCAGCUUCCUCUGGCAACACUCUAGCAACCCCUUCCCUGGCAAGGUUCACGGUCUACCGUCAUAAGAGGCCGGCCCUGCCUCCUGCCUGCAGCUCAAGCUUCCCACCUGCCCCAUAAGCCACCAAUGCCAGUGACGAAGGCUGUACCAGUCAGAGCCAUCAAGACCCAGCCUGUAGCACAGGAACUGAAAAUCCUCCUAGUAAAGGGGCUCCAUGGCCUCCCCAGGGAAUUCUGCACCCAGUGGUCCAGUGAGCCCCAUCACCCCAGUGAGAUACAGCCUACAGCAUCUGGCCUAUUUCCAACUACCCUGCGUGUGAACAAGCUGCCAAAAAAAAAAAAAAAAAAACAACAGGACCAGAGGUCGGCUGACUGUGGGAGGGAGGAGUUAUCUGUGAACCAGUAGAGCCAAGUGCACUGAACUCAACCAGGUCAGUCAGUGUCCCAUAUUCAGCUCACAUGCUCUUGCCGACCACUCUGGGCCAAUGGUCUCAAGAGCUCCCGAAAAUGGGCAAUCCAAUCAACCCGUGGCUUUCAGCUUCCCCGUAUGGCUUGUUUAAAUCUGAGAAUAUAUUCUGUCUUACAUGAAGUUGUAUUAA